CCUUUGUCAUUCUAGCUGCCUGCUGCCUCCGCAGCGUCCCUCUAGCUGUCCCUGUGCUAGCCUACUGCAUCCUAGACUGACCGUCUGCGCAAAGCAGGAUUAGUUGGGACUUGCCUUGGUGACCCCAUGGCAUCCCCCAGAACCAUAACUAUCGUGGCCCUUUCCGUGGCCCUGGGACUCUUCUUUGUUUUCAUGGGCACUAUCAAGUUGACCCCCAGGCUCAGCAAGGAUGCCUACAGUGAGAUGAAGCGAGCUUACAAGAGCUAUGUCCGAGCCCUCCCUCUACUGAAGAAAAUGGGGAUCAAUUCCAUUCUGCUGCGAAAAAGCAUCGGUGCCCUCGAGGUGGCCUGUGGCAUCGUCAUGACCCUUGUGCCUGGGCGUCCCAAAGAUGUGGCCAACUUCUUCCUACUUUUGCUCGUGUUGGCUGUGCUCUUCUUUCAUCAGCUGGUCGGUGAUCCUCUCAAACGCUAUGCCCAUGCUCUGGUGUUUGGAAUCCUGCUCACCUGCCGCCUGCUGAUUGCUCGCAAGCCAGAAGAAAGGUCUGCUGAGAAGAAGCCCUUGCCAGUGAACACAGAGGAGCAACCUUCUUUAUACGAGAAGGCCCCUCAGGGCAAAGUGAAGGUGUCAUAGGAAUGCAGAAAUACAAAAUGUGGACCUUCCAGGCAGUUGCUUCUGUGACACCCAGGAAGAUGUCAGCCUGUGUUUUUAGUUUGGUUUAUUUAUCCUGGGGCAAGGGGGAAAAUGUAACCUGCAGGUUAAUGUCCCUAUUGGCUUGUAUACAUCUGUACACUAAAAUGACCUCCCCACAUUGACAUCCGUGCAACACCUUUGAUCACUCUGGAGCGACUAUCACAUCUUGCUGCAUGUACAUAUAUACAGCUACUACUGAAGUGUAUUUGUGAGAUGGACUCCAGCAAGCAUGUGACUGUGCAAUUAUGUGUGGGGAAAUGUGCUUAAUUAUAGUGUGCAUGGUGUGUGUGUGUGUGUGUGUGUGU